UUCGCGGUAUAGGAGAAGGGAAACGUUGCGACAGCGCCAAGUCCCAAGCCUAAUCUGCGGAUAGGCGGCAUAGCAAAUCAAGGACACCAGGCUUUGUAGCUCGAAGCGCAAGAACUCUGGACUCGAAGAACCGUUUCACAGACGAACUACCACCAUUGCGCAUAUCGAGCGCCACAGCAAGAGCACCCUAGCGCAAGCCCGACCACCAUCGCAUUCACCAGAACCCUUCCGACUUAGCCGCCGAGGCGCGACAGAAGGAUACAAUGGCUCGCGCAGGACAUUCAGGCACAGUUGUCGGCUCAGCGGUAGUAGUACGGGAGAAGUACUACUGGCCCGACCUACAACUGAACAUCUGGACGAUUGUCAUGCUUGCAACAGCCGGAACAAUAUUAGGAGUGAACGCGCAAUUCAUGGCGAUACAAGAUCGGAUGGGACUGGGAACGCCAUGGAUAAUGCCCUACGGCGUCACAGUCGGCACUCUGGCCAUAAUCUUCAUUAUCAUCGAAAUCGUCUUCAUCGCGCAACGGAAACUCCUCCCAGGCACUAUGAUGCUCCUCUCCUUCAUCCUCCUCGUCCUUUUCAUCGCUGGAAUAAUCGGAACCGCGAUACAACUCUUCGCCGGGCCCAACAUCAACAACCAGUGCAAUACAUACGUCUUCAACAACGACGUGGAUGGGCCGAACAUGGAUACAUUGGCGUUUCUGCAGCAGAGGAAUAUCUGCCAAUGCUGGCAAGCCGAGUUCGCUUUCUGGAUUAUCGGAAGCAUAUUCCUCGUGUGGAUGAUGGUCAUGGCGAGCCAAGUCAACUCGAACACAUAUGUUAGGUGAUCUAACGGCUCAGACUCACCGACUUACAUUUCUUCUCGGAACUCUUGUCCAUCUUCUUUGUGUCUUAUUUUCUGCUUUAUCUGACAAUGGGUCAUGUGUAUAUAGGAGAAGCGGGUAUCGCGUAAACUCCAGCAAUAGCGGAGGCGUUAGGGCAAUGUUCUUCUUCUUCAUUACGAGAUACCGACGGGACGCGUGGCAUGGAAAGAUGGAUGAAUGGAAGGAACGCAGCAUUGAUGAUGGAUUUUCCGGCUAUCAGAUCUGUAC